AUGCCGACAACUUGGCCCGUUUUCGCCGCUUUGCCAGCAUCGGCACCCGUAGCCCACAGCCAGCUGGAUAUGCACCAACCCUUGUCUGUCAAAGACGGCGAAACGCUAAAGUCACGCACGUCGUUCGUCGUCACAUCCAAGCUGUGUCUCUGCCUGCUCUCCGGCCUGCUCGGUGCGCUCCUCACGCGCCAUUGCUUCAAGAACCUAACCCUAACGCACGUCUACGUCCUUGCUGAUUACGUCUUGUCCAUCGGGUUUAUUGUCUCAGCCGCCAUUAUCCACAAUGGCGUCGGCAUUACAACGGGUCAUGCGUGCCAGGCGACCAUGAGACUCUGCUUGGUCUUUUACGCCGGCUGCAAAGUGGCCAUGUAUCUCUUCCUCAUCGAGCGCGUCCAUCUGGUGAGCGCCUCGUACCUGCCGAGGCACCGUGAUUUCCUGUGGCUUUUCAGCACCAUUGCCGUUGUGAGCAGCCUCGGAGCAAUUGCCAUGGCCGGAGUUGUCUCGCCCGUGUCGUCGCUCUCGGAAGCCGAUGGCCGCUGCCGGAUUGGAGUCCGGCCGUACGCCGGUAUAUCGCUGCUCCUGUGCGACCUGUUCAUCAACGUAUUUCUCACCGUCGUCUUCAUCUACCUGCUCAGCCCGCUGGUCGCGGCAAGUCACAUGUCGAGCACGGGUUUUGCGAGCCGGUUGACCCGGGCCAUUUGCAAGUGCUGCGUCCGGACAGAGCAGAAAACGGGCAUUGAUCUCUACGCAACCAAUCCCGUCAUGGCCCAAAAAGUGCAGCGGCUGCUGUGGAAGACGCUCGUCGGAUGUGCCGUCGUGGUGUUUCCGACGACGGCCAAUCUGGCUGCGCUGUGCAUUCUCGAGGGCAAGAUGCCGGCUUUUGUCUGCCUCAUAAUCUGCGUAUUGGAUGUCACAUGGACGACUGUUAUCCUCCACUGGCUUACUCUGGCUAGUACGAAUCAGGAUGAACAUGGACCGCAGCCGGUGCCGCGGCCUCGAUUGCGGAGAACAUGUCCUGAGGUGUCGUCCAUGUCGACGAUAUCUUGGCCGGCAAACUCCAAGACGAGACAAGGACCGUGUCCAGGCAGGCCGAGCAUUCAACUAGCAACAUGGCAAUGCAACGAGUGUGGACGCUCUGCUUUGGUGAUUGACCCACCGGCUUCGGAGAGUGCAGUCUAGCCGCACGGCGGACAGGUCAAUAGUCGGAAUCGUCUUCGUGGAGGGUGGCGUGGGAGACGGGUCCGCGCCUUGUGGGCUCGGCAGGCUUUUUUAGAAGCACGGGGGCGGGACUUGGCGCGUCCAAGACGGCGUCUUGUUCCUUUUUCACACGACGGGCAGCGCGGUACUGGGCGGCGGACCUCGCCUCGUCGGGCUUGUCAGGAACGGCGGGGCCAUGGAUGCUCAGGGCCGCUGACAGAAGCUUGAAGAGGAUGAAGAGGAGGGUGCCGGCGAUGGAGCCUAUGAGGCCAGCCGUGCCAAGGA